AUAUCCUUAUCGAACUGUAUGUCAAAUUUCGCAAAACUGUAAGGCCUGAAACAAAUUUGUUUUGGACUGAAGAUUAUUUAAUGUAAAAAAUGAAUACUUUAAAUGACUUGAAUCAAUUUUGUCACGCACUACCAAAAAUUGAAUUACACGCUCAUUUAAACGGAUCACUUAGUCGCUCUACAAUGCUGCAACUACAAAGACAUUUCGCUGAUGCAGGGAUAUCAGAUAAAAGUAACGCAUUUUUUGAUGAAUUUCAAAUUGGUGCUGGAGACACAAGAAACUUAUCUGAUUGCUUUCAAGUAUUUAAUAUAGCUCAUACACUUACAAGUACUCCAGAAACUUUAGCAUUAGCAACAAGCUUAACUCUACAAGAAUUUCAAGAUGAUGGCUGCUGUUAUAUUGAGCUAAGAAGUACACCUAGAGACACUAAUCAGAUGACAAAAAGACAAUAUGUUGAAACAAUAGUGCAGACAAUGCGAAAUUCCUCAGAAAAUCUGAAUAUAAUUUCAGCAUUCAUUAUUUCAAUAAAUAGAAGUAAUGGAAUUUCAGAGGCAGAAGAUAUAGCCAAUUUAGCCAUUGAAUACCAUAAGAAGUUCCCAGAUGUUGUUGUGGGUCUUGAACUUAGUGGCAAUCCGGCCCUUGGAAAGUUUGAGGAUUUCAUUAGUAUAUUUACGAAAGCUAGAAAUGCAGGCUUAAAAGUUUCAUUACAUUGUGGUGAAAUAAGUAAUCCAGAGGAAAUAAUCCAAAUGUUACAAUUCAAACCGGAUAGAAUUGGUCACGGGACAUGUAUCCACCCAAAUUAUGGUGGUACUGAUGAAACUUGGAAGGCAUUAUGUACAUUAAAAAUUCCUGUUGAGGUCUGUCUUACCAGUAAUGUAAACACAAAAUCAGCUGCGGAUUAUUCAUCACACCAUUUUAAAUAUUUACACAGUAGUGAUGUUCCUGUUAUUCUUUGUACCGAUGAUAAAGGAGUUUUUGCUACAUCACUUACACAAGAAUAUAGUAUUUGCGUCGAUACAUUUAAAUUGGAUAAAUCCGAGCUAGCCAAAUUAGCACUUAAUUCUACCAAAUAUAUUUUUGCGGUAGACAAGCAUAAAUUGCUUUAUGACAAAAUAAAAAUUUUUGUUGAA